AUGACAAGCACCCGUACCCGGACCCACCGCCCACCCCUUGCACCAUUGGACCCUUUAACACUGAAACCACAAGCCCCAUUCAUCAAGUAUCACCACUCUCCGACAGAAGUACCAAUAAACUCAGUCGUCGAAUGUUCCCUCAGUCCCGACUCACCUCUGGACAGCCGUUCUCGGCACGGCGUCCCUGCACUCAUGUACCGCACACCCCUCACACACCACCGCGCACUCCCGCUUAAACGACUAAGACAAUGCCAGAGUGCUGAACAGGACGACAUCGACGAGAUUGUGCGCUUCCUGAAGCGAGUCUUCCGGUGUAUAAUGCAUGUGUACCAGGUGAUGUCGGUGGUUGCAACAUCGGUCUUUCAUGCAACGAUGGCCACCGUUCAAUGGUUUGCUGUCGUUGCUUUUGUGAUUGAGGUGAUGAUGAUGACCAUGAGUUCUCCCUCCGUGCGGGGUGAUCAUGGAGGUGGCUUCAUAGGCCCGAUAGUCGAGCAGCUCACAUCAACAGUAACUGCGACUAGUCACGUGGAGACUUCUCCUGCAUCACGUUCCGGCGCUAGCGAAGCAGUGGCUCUGAACUUCCUAUCUGAGCAAAUCGAUCAGGCACAUAAUUUAUUGACAUUGGUCGAGGGACUAGGUGAUGAGGCAUUUUUUGCGCAUCAUCAUACCAAUGUGCAACGUUUUCUGAGCAGGUCGAGGGGUGACCCUCCACCUGGAGGCAGCAAAACAGAAGUCGAUUUGACUGUCGAUUUCAGAGGUCUUGCCUCCACAUUCAUUCAGACCCUGUCCCCGCACGGUUUCAUUGGGAGAACGAUCUCUCAUGCCCUAGACGAGGUGACAUAUCAUUCCAAGCGCAGUCAAACGGCCUUUCUUAUAAGAAGGAGUGCCGUCCGAGAAUCACGUCUAGAUAGCGUAUACCUACUAGCGUCUUCUAAUCUGCUUCUCGAAUACUCGUCCAUCCUAUCAAAAACGGAGAGCAUCAUACCCGACGUGGAAGCACUUCACCACCAGCUAUCACGCAAUCUCCCAGAAGUUUUGGUGAGCAUGCAAAGUCGCCAAGCAGCUGCUUCAAGGCGCUCGAUAUGGGGCAUCUUUGCGAGUCAAAGACUAGAUCCCAGAGCUGUUGAAGAAGAAAGCCUAGAAGCCUUUGUUGCGGGCUUGGAGGCUGUCAUUGUCAACUUACGACAGCUCAAAGCUUACCUGGAAUGGAUCGCAAACCAAUUAAGUCAACGAAAUCUUUCAUCAAGCGCCUCGAUGGCGUCAUCAUCUAAUGAGCGCUCCUGUUCAUCUGCGCUUAGGGAUCUGUUAGAUCGCGCAAGCAGAGCUUCAACGAAAUCGAGUCGUUGCUGCCGUUGCCCAGACUCCAUGGACUCGCCUAUUGCUCCGGCAAGGGUGGAAUUUAAUAUCCCUGGCAGUCGCACGCUGCCAACAGCGAGCUGA